AUGGCGAGGACGGGGCUGCAACAGUAUGCUCCGUAAAAGGAGUAAAUUUAGCAAGAUAUUAGUGAUGUAGCUUAGGGCUUACUACAAAAUAUUGAAGAAGACUCAUUGCUUAACAAGAUGAACUAUUUUAAAGGCUUAGUUUCAAAUGUUCGUGGGUUUUACAGUGAAAUCAAUUCAGCCACUUUAACUGGUGCCAUCGAUGUAGUCGUAAUUCGCCAAGAAGACGGUAGUUUCUCUGCUUCGCCUUUUCAUGUUCGCUUUGGCAAGCUUGGAGUUCUACGAAGCAGAGAGAAGAUAGUUGAUAUACUAAUAAAUGGAGAACCAGUUGAUUUACAAAUGAAACUUGGUGAAGCUGGCGAAGCAUUCUUUGUUGAAGAAGUAGAGGAACCAUCUGAAGUCCCUAGUGAAUUAUCCACCACACCAAUACCGCCAUCAUUAAGCCUCGCUGCUACCAUUAGUGAAACUAAGGAGGAAUUAAUCAAUGAAGACAUUGAAAAUGGAUGUGAAACCCCAACACCCAUAGAAAAAGAUGAAAUAAAUACCUCAAAUACUUCAGAAACAACCUUUACUGAAAACCCUAACCUAGAAAAUAUAGUAAUACAUCAAGAGAGCAAGGAAGAUGAUAGCAAUGAAGAUAAAAGUCAACCAGUAAAACAAGAUUCAAAUCAAUUACUAGAUAAAGAUACAUCUAAGAAUAGCCAGAAUGAACAUGAAAAACAAACUAAUGAAGACAAUUCAAGGACAAUUACAGACGAUACUAUAUCAAUAGACGUCAAAGAAACUGAACUACUGCAAGAUAAUCAAAAUAAAGAAGACUUUUCAGAUGACCUUAGUUUUGAUUUAGAACAAGAAAGAGAGGACACAAAAGAUGUUAAGAUUGAUAUUCCUGAUGUUGAUGGUAAAGCAAGAAAGGAUUCAAUUGAAAAUAGUUUAGACAAUGUGUCACAGGAAGAAGAUGUCAGCCAUUCUUUCUCCCAAAGUAUUCCUAUCCCAGGACGACAAGUAGAAACAUAUUCUGAAUCUCAUAGUUGGAUACCAAGCAGCUCUGCAUCAUUAGUCAAAGAAGAGAGAUUCAAAAUUGAUCACCUGUAUCCAUUAUCAGAUCUUGACUCACCAAUAGGCUCACCACCAAGUAAUAGUGACGUUGAGACGAUGGAGCCAUUCAACCCACAGCAUUGUCUGAGUGAUACUGAGGCUGAAAUUCAGCAGAGUCAAGAUAGCAUGAAUGUGAUUAGCCAAGUUACUUGGGACUGGGGAAAACUACCGCAGGGUCGUGAAGGUGUCUACAAACAUGAGAGAAACUCAAUCAGUAUGAAGCGAGAGGACGGUAGCCAUGGUUAUAGAAGCAAAAGAAAAGAGCAUAAAACGAUCAAAGAAGAAGGAAUAUACUUGGAUGAUCUGACAACCAUUGACCAGGAAGUCGCAGCUUUGUACUUAAAUCAAGCACUGUCAAAGGAUGUCAGGAAAGCUCCUCAAUCACCAACCACUGAGGACAUGGAAUCUGGGAUUGGACAAUCAUUACCAUCUUCUCCUACAUCAGAAUUAGCAAAUACUACAAAUGGACCUGAAACCUACAGUAACCUAGCAAUAUCACUCUGUGGUGACCUCAAAAGUGGAAAAGUUCCUUUAGAAAGCUUUAUUAAUAGUCAAGUAACGUUUGAAGAUCUUUCAUCAAAUCCUGCUCUUCUAAGUGACCCAAAGCUAGUAAUAAGGAUUAAUGAUAGGUAUUAUAACUGGCAGAUUGCAGCUCCAAUGUUAGUGUCUUAUCUGGUAUUUCAAAGACCAUUAAAACAGGAUGCAGUUAAGUCAUUGAUAAAACAGCACAUGCCAAAAAAGGAGAAGAGAAGAGGUUAUUACUGGUUUUCAUGGAGACAGAAUGAAGAACAGAGCUCAGAUGAAGACGACUUUGAACCAAACAAAGAGAAAUUCCGUUCAAGAGUUCAUUCUGGUUCAAGAAAACAACUGACAACAACACCAGACCCAUACCAAGACAAACAAACAUCACAGCAAACUGAACAGCUCCAAACUGAACAACCACAAACUGAACAGCUACAAACUGAACAACUACAAUCUGAAAGUGAAGUGAAGGGACAAAAUGAAGGAAUGGAAGAACAAAUGAGUGAACAGGAAYUAAUGAGAUCUCAAGCACAACGGCUCAGAAAUAUAUCAGAAUGCACAAGUGGGAAUGAGUCUGAUGUGGGAUACAAGAAAACAACUAGACUGACUUCAGAACAGUUGGCUAAACUGAAACUCAAUGAUGGAGCUAACAGUGUCCAYUUUUCUGUAACAACAAAAUAUCAGGGCACAGCUGAAUGCCAAGCUACUAUAUACUUAUGGAACUAUGACGAUAGGAUUGUUAUAUCUGAUAUUGAUGGAACUAUUACCAAGUCUGAUGUGCUUGGACAGAUUCUGCCUGUAGUAGGACAAGCAUGGGCCCAGUCUGGAGUGGCUCAUUUUUUUAGUUCAAUAGAAAAGAAUGGCUACAAAUUAUUAUAUUUAUCAGCUAGAGCUAUUGGCCAGGCUCAGAUUACUAGAGAUUAUUUAAAGAGUGUCAAACAAGAUCAGAUAACGUUACCUGAUGGACCACUUUUACUCUCACCAGCCUCUCUUAUUAAAGCCUUUCAUAGGGAAGUAAUUGAAAAGAAACCAGAGGAAUUCAAAAUAGCAGCUUUAAGAGACAUUCUAAGUUUAUUCCCAACAACCAAGAAACCAUUCCAUAGUGGAUUUGGCAAUAAAAUUAAUGAUGUGUAUUCUUACAGAGCAGUUGGAGUUUCAUUAUCUAGAAUAUUUACUAUCAAUCAUAAGGGAGAAGUACGGAAUGAACUAACAACAACCUUUCAGUCUUCAUACCUUGACCUUCAAAACCUUGUUGACCAAAUGUUUCCACCRUACAAGAAAGAAGUGUCCAUGAAGUCAUCUGGGCUUGUAGCACCUGACGAAUUUAGUUCCUUUACCUACUGGAGAAAUCCCCUGCCAGAAGUGGACCUAGAAGGUCUGGAUGUAGAAGAAGAACCUGAUGAUAUUCCAGUAACAUUUACUGGUUAGAUGUCAAUAUAGUAGAAAUUGUAUKAUAUGAAUGCAUARAGAAGAMAACCCAGCAUUGCAUUGAAGACUUCAAGCUUCUUGCUAGAUUUUAGGAUAUUAGAACAACAUUAUGGCUUGAAGUCAUUUGUUAUGAAUCUCACAAAUCUGAUUUAAAACUAGCAAUGUUAGUAGGAGUGAACACAUUUGCAGGAUCAAGUCAUUUUACUUUAACUGACAGAAUGCUCARCAUAUUUUCUAAGAUUUUUAUUUCAUAUGAUAUUAGGACUGYUUAAUAAUAAUUGAUGAACUAUGCUAAUCACUCUCUGCAAAUCAUGUAUAGAUGCACAACGCAGGCACUUKUAUUGUGUGUGAAUAAGUUUAGUGUGAUGACAGUUGCAGGAGAGAUAGCGUGCACUAGUGUGCUCAAUAAAGAGUCUUAUGAUYGCUA